AUGAAUACAAAUCUCACAUAGGAUGAUGAUUCAAUUGAAUUUUAAAAAGCUGUCACUUCGCCUUACAAAUGUCCUUAGCAUCUAUUAAUUAUUAAUGAUAGUUUGUUCCUAUCAUCCUUGAGAGAGUAUGAAGAACCUGAAGAGACUUUUCUAAUUGUUUCCGAAAUUCAAUAAGACAUCCAGAUUGUGAUCAGUUCAAAAUUUGUUAAAAGGAUCAGAUAUACAAUAUCGAAUCCGUACAACACAGAUUUGAUUCUAAGUUCCUUAAGAAGAGCUCAAUAAUUCAACGAUGAUAAUUUAUCAUAAGUUCACUAAUACGUCAUUCAAAACAAAACUACUAUACAGAUAUACACUUCCUACGCUAAUUAGUACAACUAUCUGUAGGAACGUGUUUAAACAGAAUCCAGAAUAUUAUCAAAUGAAAUUAAGUUAAGAUCAUAUCUUUACAGUAUUUUAGAAGGACUCAAAUACAUUCAUCAAAACAGUUGUGUUCACAUGUGCAUCAUCCUCCAAAAUAUAGAGUGUCACAAAGAAGAGUACAGAUAAUUAAAAAUAAGUAGAUUUGAGACAUUAUAAGAAAUCAAAACCAAAAUAAAUCCUGAUCUUAGGAAAUAUCUGAUGAAAACACUUCCUCACAUACCUCCAGAAUUAGGAGAUCUUAAUUAUUUAGUUUAACCCUCUUUUGAUAUAUUUUGUUUAGGAGUAGUUAUAUUUCAAAUGUGUACUUGUCAAUUACCUGAAGAUAAUUCAAGAACCAAUCGAUUAAUCCUCAAAAAAUUUGUUUCAAAGGAGUUGGCUAAUAUGAUCUUAUUAAUGUUGGAUGCUUAGGCAGACAAUAGACCAACAGCUACUACCUUAAUUGAUAAUUAAUGGUUCAACAUUUGA